AUGUCUGUCAAUGUGCUGGGUGNGUCCGCCCUUCCUCCCGAGAUCAGCUCGCGGAUUUUCAGCGGGCUGGAUGUGGAGAGCUUGUGCCACGCGUCCGUGACGUGCAAGGGCUGGCACCGCGCCAUCGAGGGCAACGAGCGGCUGUGGCGGCACCACUGCCUGGCCGUGCGCGCCGUCUGCCAGCGGGAGAUCGACAGCGACCGGGGGAACGGCUUCUCCUGGAAGAUUACAUUGUUGAGAAACUACUGGAAAAGCAAAGUGAAGCAAGAAUGGCUUAGUGGGAAAUACAGUAACAUUCCUUCACAAUUCAGCUUGCCAGAGAAAAGUGCCCACAUCUACAGGUCAAGGAAGAAACACCAGCCAGGUGAAAUGGGCAACUCUGAAGUGCUUUCAAGAACAGAAGUUUGUGUGUGCUGAGGUGCUUGCAAAUGUUUCCUGCCUGCACAACUCAACUGUGCAACAAGGCCUUAAACCAGCCAGGCUUCUGUGAGGAAAAAAGGCUUCCCUCCUGCACAAAACCCUGUGAGCUGCUGCACAGCUGGGUAUCAAAAAGACCAGCACUUAGACCAGAAGCUCAGCAUUUUAUUUCUGCAUCUCCAAAACCACCUCUGGUGUUUUUAAUAACACCUGUUGGUGUUAGAACCUUCCUUGCAACUACUCACUGUUGCAGUGCUCCGUUUUUGAAGUGACUAGCUGACAGUGUGGCUUUAUUUCGUCAUGAUGCAGGAUGUGGCUUUGGGCCAUUGCCUUUAACAGACUAAAUGAAAAGGCAUGCAUGAGGUAUUUAAUCACCACAGACUUUUAAUCAGACCACUCAGAUUUCAAGGCUUAUUUUGUUGAGCUCAGAGCUGGGAUCAGCUGUUUCAGCCCACCAGAGGUGACAGGAAGACAAUAAAAGCAUACAGCUGGGAGGACUGAGGUAGUGGUGGUGUUAUUUUUUUUUACUUUCCCUCCAAAUGAACUUGGAAUGAGGUAUCUUGGGUUCCCAAGAGCAUGUUGACACUUGGCACAGUUGUUUUCACCAUAUUGCUUGUUCAGAAAAGUCCAUCUCCAAAACCAUAGAAGAAGUCACCUGCUACAUUUAAGAGCAGCAGCUUCUUGAUCAGCACAACACUAAGAAUUGAGCACUGGGGACCAGAGAGGUUCAGGCCUCCGUGCUAAGGGCUAGACCCACUUCUGCUAUUCUGGUAAACCAAAAAGCCCAGGCUACAGGUUGAAAGGGAAAAAGGAGGGAGGCGAUGGAUUGCAAACUCAGAGAUCCUGGAGGAGCUAGCAAGAUGAAACCCAAGAGGAUAUUUCUAUAUACUGGCACAGUUUGCUGCAAUCUCCCCCAACUCAUCAGAACCACCCUGUCCAGCACUGCCAACCCAUGCCCAGCAACUAUGGGUUUACAAAGCCAGAGGGGA